ACCCCACACGAUUUCUAGUUUCGUGAUUGUAUUUGUUACUUUCAGUCCUCGAUUCCUAUAUAACUGGGAGAGAGAUCGAUCGUAGUAUUGGGAUAUUGAGAGAAACAGAGACAUACAUAUACAUCAUCGUUGUUAGAACAAUGGAGAAAGGAGUAAUGGACGCAUAUGAAUCAAAGUUCAACGUCUAUGCUUGUGCUUGUGCUAUUGUUGCGUCCAUGGUUUCCAUCAUCUUUGGAUACGAUACUGGUGUAAUGAGUGGAGCAAUGAUAUUCAUAGAAGAAGAUCUGAAAAUCAAUGACACACAAGUGCAAAUUCUUGCUGGAAUCCUGAACAUAUGUGCACUAGUAGGUUCUCUUCUAGCAGGAAGAACUUCUGAUUACAUCGGUCGUCGCUACACAAUUGUCUUGGCCUCCACCAUCUUCUUGAUUGGCUCUGUACUAAUGGGGUAUGGCCCUAAUUAUGGAAUCCUGUUUACCGGACGGUGUAUUGCAGGAAUUGGUGUGGGCUUUGCACUCAUGGUUGCACCAGUUUACUCUGCAGAAAUCUCGUCCCCUUCAUCACGAGGCUUCUUAACCUCUCUACCGGAACUUGGUAUCGCCAUUGGUAUCUUGCUUGGUUAUCUUUCAAACUAUUCCUUCUCCAAGGUAACAUUGAAACUUGGAUGGAGAUUAAUGCUUGGAAUUGCAGCAAUUCCUUCACUUUUCCUAGCUUUAGGCAUUCUCAAAAUGCCAGAGUCUCCAAGGUGGUUAGUAAUGCAAGGUAGAUUAGGAGAAGCCAAGAAGACCUUAUUUGAUGUGUCUAAUACUAAAGAAGAGGCUGAAGCUCGUUUCCGGGAGGUGAAAAUUGCUGCUGGAAUCGAUGAAAACUGCGAUGAGGACGUUGUCAAGAUGGCCGGAAAGACUCAAGGAGAAGGGGUAUGGAAGGAACUUAUAUUAAGGCCAACACCAGCUGUUCGAAGAAUGCUAAUCGCAGCUGUUGGAAUCCAUUUCUUCGAGCACGCGACGGGGAUUGAAGCAGUUGUGUUAUAUGGUCCUAGGAUCUUCAAGAAAGCUGGUGUCACCGACAAGCAAAAACUGUUGCUUGUCACAGUUGGGAUUGGACUCACAAAGUUCACAUUCAUCUUCAUCUCAACAUUCUUGGUUGACAGAGUUGGAAGAAGGAAGCUUUUGUUAAUAAGCACAACCGGAGCAAUCGUAGCGCUGGCAACACUAGGAUUUAGCUUGACAAUGGUGGCAAAUUCAGUGGAAAAGUUGUCUUGGGCACUGGCUUUAAGCAUUGUAUCAACAUAUCUAUAUGUGGCUUUCUUCAACUUCGGAAUCGCGCCGGUGGCUUGGAUUUACAGUGCUGAGAUAUUCCCUUUGAGGUUGAGAGCAGUAGGGCAUAGUAUUGGUGUUGCUGUGAAUAGGCUGAUGAAUGCUAUCAUAUCUAUGUCCUUCAUAUCAAUAUAUAAAGCUAUCACCAUAGGUGGUGCAUUCUUUAUGUUUGCUGGUAUAUCAGUGGUUGCUUGGUUGUUUUUCUUCUUCUUUUGUCCGGAGACGAAGGGAAGAUCCCUGGAAGAGAUGGAGGAGAUUUUCAGCAAGCGAAGAUCAAAGCCUAGAAAUGAAGGUGUAGAAAUCCAGUCAAGAAGUAAUGGAGGAGUUUGAACUUUAUAAAGGCUAUCUUGUACUGAAUAUCCCAAUGAAUUUGCUGAAUUAGGGUUAACUUAGUAGAUUUUCUCUAGCAACUUAAAAGGAUCUCUGUAGUUUCAUAUCAUGAAUGUUCAAGGCGGAAUUGUAUAUGUCUUAGAUUGAAUAAGAGAAAUAAAUUGUGGAAAAUGGAUGUAACGAGCUUUUUUUUAUGUUUACUUUUAAUGUGGCCAAAUCUUAUGUACUCGAGAGUUCCUA